UGUGAAACGACAUGACUGAUGUAAGAUGGAGGUUCCCGGGAUGCGAUGAGGUCUCGACGAAACACGUGUGAAAAUUGCAGUGCCCAAGGCAGCUUGGCCUUCAGGUGGAACUCCCUGUGAUUUGACCAUGACAUUCUUGAAGCAGGUCAAAAUGGUUCUCCCCAUUGUCUUCCAGUUUAUCUUCUCAACUCACUCUGGUCCAUCCGGGCCUUCUCGAUCUUCCUCUCAUUCCUCCUCCUCUUCCGGGCGGGUGGCGCCCGCAUGAAGAAGACUUGUUCCUGGCGAGCGCAUGUUCGCUCCUGAGACAGCAACGCCUAGACCAUUGGCGCAGCAAUGUCCACACAUUCAAUACUAGGCAUUUUGCCAACAGCAACCAACUGGGAGAUCCGUGAGGCCUUUUUGGCUUCAGCUCUUCGAGCGCAUCCUGACCGCGGAGGCUCUGAUGAAAAGCUUCAGAAGGUGUUACAUGCCUUUGAAAGACUGUGUCAGACUUCUGCUCGCGGAAAGUGUUUUAUUCGGUGCGAAGCUCGCGCGAGAAAGUUCCACGCCUCCAAAGAGGGGAGGAAAUGCUCAACGCUGCCACGGCUGUGCAAGCUACUGUUCAGCCUUCCAGUAGAGCAGCGACGAUCUGUCCUGCAACAUCGCUUUUCCCAGCCGCAACGUUUGCAGCUGGAGAGGUGGAUGUUGGCGCAGCAGGAAAUUGAUCGUCGUGAAGAAGUGAAGGAUCUCAAAGACUGCGAGCUCUUCAAUGCUUCCAGGACCAGCUCCUUGCGUAGACGGGUGCAGAGUGUGGUGCGAGUAACUCGCGGAAGCCGGAAGUACCGAUACUAUUUGGCGUCAGCAGCAGUUGACGGCCUCAGACUGAUGACCCGUACAGUUAGCAGUUUGGAGGUGGCGCUUCGCUUUCAUUCACUUCUGGUGGUCGUCAAGCAACGGACCUAUGUUGGCUCUGGCAGUUUCGAGUCCAGGUUCCGAAAUGCUCUGAGCACGACUCUGUCAGAAUUCGACGUCGAUCCAGAUUCUAUGGGUCUCAAAAUCAUUGUCAGCUUGCGUGUGCUUUGGAUGAAGACGCCCUUGCGGACACCUGCCUAUUUCGUAGCAUCUCACUUGGACAAGGGCUUGCAGGCUUUACAUCGGCUUCAGCAGGCAAGGGGCCACGCGCAGAACUAUGUUCUGCGGACCGUCACUCAAGCAGAACUGGACAAGCGAUGGGCUCACAUACGAGGCGAAUAUUUGGACAUCAUGAUGGAGGCCGGAUGCAACAAGCAGGCUGUCAUGAGCCGGCUUGAUGUUCUCGAUCGCGAAAGAAGCAGCAAACUGCAGGAACAAAUCCGACGGUGGCUUACUGUGAAGGACCGCACCUUGCAAAACUGCAAGCGAAAAUCGUGCGCUGGGGAGGCACAGUCCCAAAAAGUUCGCAGAAUCAAAGCCUUGCUCUCCAGAUGGAACUUGGGAAAUAGACGCCCUUCAGGGCUAUGACCAAAACCGCUGUUGGAGGCUAGCGCUGAGAAAAAGGCUGCGGCUACGAUCACUCCAGUAUGAGCUUUGAGUCGUUCAACUCUUUUUAAGCACGUUUGGGGUAGCGGUAGAAGGGUAGAAGCAGUUCUUCUGGGAACAAGCUCCCGAAGGAUUUGUUGGAGAAGUCAGAGUGCACGUGCACAUGAAAGUUGGAUAUUGGAAGAGAAAAGAUGUCGUCAAUGAGUCAACCAAUGGGUUGGGAAUGAGCGUUAGAUUCUCAAGGCAACAGAAUCUUUUGCAAGGC